UCCCGCGAGGGGUCCCGUCCCGUCGGCCUUCGCACGUCCGGCGAGAAGAGCUGGGCGAGAAGCCGGAGCCGGGUGGCGCUUGCAGGAGGAGGCGAUGGCGGCGGCCGCGGGAGGAGCCUACGCGAACCUGAAGCUGCACAUAACGCCAGAGAAGUUUUAUGUGGAAGCUUGCGAUGAUGGAGCCAAUGAUGUCCUGGCCAUUGACAGAGUCUCCACAGAAGUCACUCUUACAGUUAAGAAAGAUAUUCCGCCUUCAGCUGUUACCAGGCAAAUAUAUGGUGUUUUGGGAACAAUCCGUCUAGUAGCAGGCUCAUACCUUAUUGUAAUAACAAAAAAGAGAAAAGUAGGAGAAUUUUUCAACCAUGCAAUCUGGAAAGCAAUGGACUUUGAUAUCCUCUCUUACAAAAAGACAAUGUUACAUUUAACUGAUAUUCAGUUACAGGACAAUAAAGCCUUUUUAGCAAUGAUUAGCCACGUGUUAAGUGUGGAUGGAUUUUAUUUCUCUACAACGUAUGACUUAACGCACACCUUGCAAAGGUUGGCUAAUACGAGUCCCGAGUUUCAAGAAAUGAGCUUGCUAGAGAGGGCAGAUCCACGGUUUGUAUGGAAUGGACAUCUUCUUAGAGAAUUUGCUGCUCAGCCUGAGAUUCAUAGGUUUGCUACACCAGUUAUGCAUGGAUUUAUUACGAUGUACUCUUGUUCCAUUAAUGGAAAGUAUUUUGACUGGAUUCUUAUUUCCCGAAGAAGUUGUUUCAGAGCUGGUGUGCGCUAUUAUGUUAGAGGUAUCGAUUCAGAAGGACAUGCAGCUAACUUUGUAGAAACAGAGCAAAUUGUGCAUUACAACGGGAGUAAAGCUUCUUUUGUUCAGACUCGUGGAUCAAUUCCUUUUUUCUGGUCACAGAGACCAAACCUCAGAUAUAAACCAAAGCCACAGAUCAGCAAAUCAAUAAAUCAUAUGGAUGGCUUCCAAAGACACUUUGACUCUCAGAUUAUUAGCUAUGGGAAACAAGUGAUCGUUAACCUGAUUAACCAGAAGGGCUCAGAAAAGCCUCUUGAGCAAACGUUCUCACAAAUGGUAAACGGUUUGGCGAAUGGAAUGGUCAGAUAUGUAGCAUUUGAUUUCCAUAAAGAAUGCAGUCGCAUGAGGUGGGAUCGGCUCCAGAUUUUAGUGGAUCGACUAGCUGAACAACAAGAUGAAUUUGGCUACUUUCUUGUUGACUCUGAUGGCAAGGUGGUGAUCCAGCAAGAAGGAAUCUUCCGCAGUAAUUGUAUGGACUGCCUGGAUCGGACGAAUGUGAUUCAGAGCCUUCUGGCACGGCGAUCUCUCCAAGCGCAGCUGCAGAGAUUAGGUGUGUUGCAUGUUGGCCAGAGAAUUGAAGAGCAAGCGGAUUUUGAAAAAAAUUAUAAAAAUGCAUGGGCUGACAAUGCAAACGCUUGUGCCAAACAGUAUGCUGGAACAGGUGCCUUAAAGACAGACUACACAAGAACUGGGAAGAGGACUCAGUGGGGACUAGUAAUGGACAGCUGGAAGUCACUCAUACGUUAUUACAAGAACAACUUUUCUGAUGGCUUUAGACAGGAUGCAAUAGAUCUGUUUCUUGGAAAUUAUUCUGUGGAUGAAGCAGAUUCUGUCAGUCCUUUUCGUAUGCAGAAAGACUGGAAAUUCUUGGCUUUGCCUAUUAUUAUGGUGGUUGCUUUCUCAAUGUGCAUUAUCUGUUUGCUCAUGGCUGGCGACACAUGGACAGAGACGCUGGCCUACGUCCUCUUCUGGGGAAGCGCAAGCUUUGGAACUCUCGCCAUCAUCCUCUACAACGGCAAGGAUUUUGUAGAUGCGCCUAAACUGGUCCAAAAGGAGAAGAUGGACUGAAUUUGUGUGUGUGGAAAGCGGCUUGGUAGGGAUGACUCCUCAAGCCACUCCUGGAGCCUCUACUGACCUGCUUUCCACACCAGCUUUGUGGUCUCUUCAGCUUUCAUCUUCGCAGGGUGAAAAGAAUGAAUCCAGCUUCUUGCUUGCUGGAGGUGAUUGACUGAUCUAGUCACAGUGAUCUCUGGAGUAUUGCAUUUGCCGGGCAGCUGGCGCUCACGACAUUAGGGAAACAAAAAGACGGAAAUAAUUCUGUAGUCCUGCCGAGUGUUCACCGUAUCAUUUAAAACGGCAUGCCAAGCUUUGCAGCAGAGUAGUAUCGUUAAACCUGUCAGAGUCGCAGAGGAGAUGCAGUUGUACCGAGAACUGGCUGCUACUGGAUUUUGCUAAGAUUAGACCUGCGUUACAUUUAUCUGGUAGGAAAGUCCUUGCUUGUUAACUAUAGUACAUCUUGCUGCUUAAUUAAACUUCUAGUUGGGUGACCUUAUAGACAGGAACUCAGCAUUAAACUGCAGGGUUGUAGCCACUCUCUCCACCUCUCUAUAUAAAAUAUUGAUCUUUUCCUAAAAGUUGAGAGUGAGAGCUCCCCCUUCCCUCCCCAGUUCAAGUCCCUUUCUGUCCAUUGUCGGAUUGUUGAUGCAAUAUUCUGUUUGCUGAGAGGGUGAGGGUACCAUUGAAUUCGUUUGAAAUGUGUCAUGUGAUGCUUUAAUGACUCCAGUCCGUAAAUGACAAAAUUUUCAGUGUGAUUCAAAUGUUAAGAUCCAGCCCUUUUUUAAACAAAUGGAAUCAAAGAAUGUAAAGCUGCUUCUUUUGUCCCUCUUAUGCUAAAGGUCCAAAUACUUCUUUCUUUCUUAAGAGUCACAAAUGUAGAAAUUUUCUAUAGUUCUGGCAAACCAGAUGCUGCUUACUCUGCCUUGGUUUUAGUGGGGAUAAUAUGUGGAAGGGAGAACACACAUUUGAUAUAUUUUCUCUGGCUAAUUUCCAUGUUUGCACUGGAGAUUAGCAUCGGCUUGCUUUUUUGUGCAUGAUGUAAUUAUAUUUCUCUUCAAUUGUAAUGUUCUCAGCUAUAAAAAUAGCCUUGUGCUGGUUACUAAUAAAUGUGUGUCUCAAAUUUAGUGCUUCCAAGCUUUAUAUUAAUAUUAGAUCUGAAUCAAGGACCAAUUUUAAAUGACUUUGUCACCCAUUUUCUAUUACCUGUGUUCUGAACCAGACAUGAAUCUGCUUCAGGUGCUGUGCAAUUAAUAUUUCCUGUAACUACAGCUGUAUAUUCAGGAUUGCAAUUAUGAAGUUUAAAUAUUAGGGAAACAGGUAGAGUGCUAGGACUAAUACAGUUCAUCACUGCAGGCUGAAACACAACACACUGCUGCAGUGUUUUCAUUGUAUCAUGAUUGAACAUACUGUAUAGUCUUUGCAAAUGGUGACUGUUCAUUUGACCUUUUUCGGUUUGUUUAAAUAUUAUCCAUUCACAAUCAUUUGUAAUAUACAAAGCUCCUGUUUAGAUGAUGCAGUGGAAACAGCAGAGUAUGAAAAAAAAUUAAAGUCCCAAGUUAUCAGGUAUGCAGGAAGUGUAAAGAUACUAUGGGUUAAAUGUUUAAUGGCUUUGCUCUAUGAUGGUAUGUUUGGAACAGCUAACUGGUUAUCCUGGUGUGUUUCCUAUUGAGAACUGUUUGCAAGGAGGAAGCCUUGGAAAGUUUGCACUGUUGGAACGAAUGUAGGCAUGAAACUGGAAGGGAUAUCUAUGUCCAGUAGCUUACAAAGAAGUUGAGUUUCAUACGUCAACGUACAGUGUACUCAAACAAUAAA